CAGCAGUGCGCUUCCAGCCCUGUAGGGGGCAGCAGUGCUACAUAAGCCGCCGGCAGCGUCCAUGUGUGACAGAAGAAGACGCGGAGCUUCAGGAUGCAACGAGACAAAACAAGCAACGCCAGUGCGGCUGAAAAGCCCGACCGGGAGGCCGCCAUAAUGUCUAAAUACUACGACGGAGUGGAAUUCCCUUUCUGCGACGAGUUCUCCAAGUACGAAAAGAUGGCGAAGAUCGGACAAGGAACCUUCGGGGAGGUUUUCAAAGCCAAACACAGAACGACGGGGAAGAAGGUCGCUCUGAAGAAAGUGCUGAUGGAAAAUGAGAAAGAAGGGUUUCCAAUCACAGCUCUGAGGGAGAUUAAAAUCCUGCAGCUGCUCAAACAUGAGAACGUGGUCAAUCUGAUCGAGAUCUGCAGAACCAAAGCUACUCAGUUCAACAGAUAUAAAGGCAGCAUCUACCUGGUCUUUGACUUCUGUGAACACGACCUGGCCGGGCUGCUGAGCAACGCCAACGUGAAGUUCACGCUGGCGGAGAUCAAGAAGGUCAUGCAGAUGCUCCUCAACGGGCUGUACUACAUCCACAGAAACAAGAUCCUUCACAGAGACAUGAAGGCCGCCAACGUCCUCAUCACCAGAGACGGAGUCCUCAAGCUGGCAGACUUUGGCUUGGCCCGGGCCUUUAGCCUGGCUAAGAACAGCCAGGGGAACCGCUACACCAACCGCGUGGUCACGCUGUGGUACAGACCUCCAGAGCUGCUGUUAGGGGAGCGCGACUACGGCCCCCCCAUCGAUCUGUGGGGGGCGGGCUGCAUCAUGGCGGAGAUGUGGACCAGAAGUCCCAUCAUGCAAGGCAACACGGAGCAGCACCAGCUCACCCUGAUCAGCCAGCUGUGUGGCUCCAUCACUGCAGAGGUGUGGCCCGGCGUGGACAAAAAGUAUGAACUGUACCAGAAAAUGGAGCUUCCCAAAGGCCAGAAGAGGAAGGUCAAGGACCGCCUCAAAGCCUACGUGAAGGACGCCUACGCCCUGGAUCUCAUCGACAAGCUGCUGGUUCUGGACCCGGCUCAGCGCAUAGACAGCGACGACGCCCUGAACCACGACUUCUUCUGGUCCGACCCCAUGCCCUCAGACCUCAAGAACAUGCUGUCCACUCACAACACGUCCAUGUUUGAGUACCUGGCCCCGCCCAGACGGAGGGGGCACAUCCCCCAACAGCAGCCCAACCAGAACCGAAACCCGGCCACGACCAGUCAGACGGAGUUCGACCGAGUCUUUUAGCCCCACUGGACGUCUUGGACCGAGUUUGACCGGAGACUCUGCUGUGAGGCCAGUUAUGAUCAAACGUUCAGGUUUUAUGGGAUCAGGAAUGAAACGGACAGAAAUGCUCCUUUAUCCAGAAUCUGGUAGCUUUUUCAGUUGAACUGAUUGUUUUCAUUCAAAUGUUCUUUGUAAUAAAGCAACACAAUCGUGAACAUUUAUGGAAA